UUGGCUUAUAAGUAUAAUAAAUAUUUGUACCGGCUGUGAUGGAAAAAAAUAAAAAAUUUAGUUAAUAUAAUAAUUCAAAUUUUAAAACUGAUAUUUAAUUUAUUGUUUUAUAUUUACGUAUUAUUUAAUAUAAUAAUGAAAUUAAUUCCUUAAAAACAUUUGUUUUUAUUUCAUUACAUGUGUAUUAGUUUUUAUAAAAACAAUUAGGUAUGUCGGAAAGUAUUGUAAUACAAGAGGGCAUAGUACGACAGGUUAUUUAUACAAUUUUAGGUAAUCCGUAUGUACAAAAAUUAUAAGAUUUUUUGAUUGUAUAUGUUAAAGUUUCCUGCUGUUCUUUAACGAUCGGCAUGUGUUUGGAGUGGACGUGGCAUAAUGAUGAUGACAUCAAAACUGAAUGUAAUUGGUAUGCGACAAAAAAUAUGUUGAAAUCUAUCUUAUACGCGGGGGCAAUCAUCAGCGCUGGACCGGCUGCGCUCAUUGCAUCGAUGCAGGCGAAGCUUAGGGAGGUGUUAAUUAUCGGGAUAAUUUUAACACUCUGCGGAUCAAUUGUACUCAUGACGUGUUCGGCCAGCGCAAUGCUGACACUCAUUACCGGACGAAUACUGCACGGCAUGGGAGCUGGAAUAGUGUGCGUCGUCGUGCCCAAUUACGCAGCAGAAAUCACCGAGCCGAAGUACAGAGAUGUGCUAAUUGGCUUGCAUCAUAUACAUUUGUUAAGUGGUAUGAUUUUGUCACACAUCGCUGACGAAUAUUGCAUGUAUUCAUAUGUUAAUAUUGGAACUGUAGUUAUGGCAAUUUUAAACUUGAUAGCAUUAUGUUCUAUUGAAGACCCGCCAUAUUUUCAGCUGAUAUUUUAUGAAAAUCUGCGAAUGAGUGAAUCAGAUUGUCAAUGUAUUGAUGUAUCGAGCAAUAGUUGUCACGACAUUUUAAGAAAACGUGACAUCAACAAAAAAAUGUACCUAUUUUCGAUUUUUAAGAAAGAACAAUAUUUAUAUCCGUUGUUGAUUAAUAUGAUUUUAAUAAGUGUCCAACAAUUUUGCGGCAACAUUACCUUGAUGUAUAAAGUACAAUGCACAUACGGAGUAUUACCAUUAAGUAAAUUGAUAUCAACCAUGGCUGCUAUUUUAGUUCUCCAACUCAUUUCAUCAAUAUUUUGCUUACUAAGUCUUAGAAUUUUGGGAAAGAAAUAUAUAUUAAUCAUCUCAGGACUUGGCAUGGCAACCACUUUAUCCUUGAUAAAUGGCACAUACUAUAUGAAAGGUAUAGAUGCGAUAUGGUUACCUAAUUUAAUCGUUAUAUAUAUUAUUUUUUAUUCAAUUGGAUUUGGACCCAUGCCGUGGAUUUUGAUGCCUCAAAUAUGCCCCAAAAAAUCGAAAUUGUGGACAUCUGGCGUCUCUGUAAGUCUAUACGCUUUUUUGAAUUUAAUCAUUAAUCAACCGUUUAUCGAAAUUAUACGAUAUAUGAUAUACACGUUAAGUGGAGUGGAUAUUUUUCUAUUGAUUUUCACUAUUGUUAGUACUAUUGGUACAAUUUUUGCAUUUUUGUAUAUGCCAAAAAUAAAAGACCGUAUUCCGUCAUAAAA